UUCCACUUCCCUCUGCAUUGUUUUCAUUAUUUCUAAAGAGUCUUGGGAAUACUCACGAGAUCAAGCUAAAUUAUUAACUCCAGAUCAGAAAAAGGAAAUGGAGAGUACGUUUGGUGAUGGAGAAAGUUGGGUGAGAGGGCCAUUGAUCGGCAAAGGAGGUUUUGGGUCCGUGUUUCUUGCCACUUUGAAGAAAUCCAAAUCAAGGUUCGUCUGUUUCCCUUCAACCAUGGCGGUGAAAUCUGCAGAGGUGUCUGUUUCUGGUUCGCUCCAGAAGGAGAAAGAGGUUCUUGACAACGUCAAAGGCUCCCCUUAUGUGAUUGACUGUUUUGGGGAAGAGAUUACGACCCAGGAAAAGGGCGAGAUGGUUUACAAUCUUUUAUUGGAGUAUGCCUCUGGAGGAACACUAGUAGAUUCAAUCGAGAAAUCCGAUGGCUGUCGGUUGCCCGAAACUGAUGUAAAGCGCUAUACCUGGUCAAUCCUCAAAGGGCUCAGUCACAUUCAUGACUGUGGUUUCGUUCACUGCGAUUUAAAGCCUGAGAAUGUUCUACUCGUGCCAGCCAUUAGCCCCGGCGGUAAUUUUGUAGCAAAGAUUGGAGAUUUUGGGUUGGCGAAGAGAUCGGCACAGAAAAAGAAGAGGAGGAUGGACUUGGAGUACGUUUACUUGAGAGGCACGCCUCUCUAUAUGGCACCUGAAGCGGUGAUUGAGAAUGUACAGGAGCCUCCCUGUGAUAUUUGGGCUCUUGGGUGUCUUGUUUGUGAGAUGCUUACUGGAAUAUCUCCUUGGGAUAGGGAGGAAGAGUUGAAUGCAGACGAGCUUUUACAGCUAAUUGGCGAUGAGCGUGAAGUUCCCAAAAUACCAAGUGGUGUUUCAGAUGAAGCAAAGAGUUUCUUGAAGUCUUGUCUCGCGAGGAAACCUACAUACAGAUUCACGGCUGAGAUGCUAAUGGAUCAUCCAUUCCUGACCGGUGUAGGAGAUCAACUCGAAGAUGAGUACUUGAAGAACGAAGAGCAUGAAGUGGCAUAUCCAAGCGUUUCCUGGAACGAGACUGAUUCUGAGUUUAGUGGUUCUUCUAUUUGCAGCUCGUUUUCUGUUGAUGAUGAUGAUUCGACCCUAUCUUCUUGGCCGGAAGAGGGUGAAAACUCGGAGGUCCAAAGGUCAGAUAAAAAGGCUUUUGCAGCUUCUUUGAACACCCUCCCAUCAACCAAACCUAUUGGAGUUUAA